AAACGCAUUCAAAGCGGUCGGACUAGGCUGAUUCUCUCUCGCGCUCGCGCAAGCACCCGCACCCGAUCAGUUAGUCGAUCUGUUUCCAUGCUUUCGAUCGGACGUGUGUGUCAAGUGUAACGGGUAUUCGCCCAGCUAGCCGUCGAUGCGCAAACAGCUAACAAGUGUCUCCAGCCGAUACCGAUGGAUAAGUUUUAGUGAUUCGCUCCGGCAGCCGUGCGGUGUGGUUGGGUUCCGUGUACGAGCAGCGCGCAAUCAUCACGACUACUUACGAUUUACCGGGUUCACAAACUGGAAAGACGAGCAGCCCUAUUAGCGAACGUGUAUCCAGUCGGUGCGGUCAUCCAGUCGUUUUCAGCGGUUCAUACUAAUAGCAGAGUGAAUUGUGACUACGGCAACACAUCAUCAUCACUGUGAUCAGUAGUGUGCUUCGGUAUUGGUGCUAAACAAAGUGCGCAGAUUGAGGAUCGAAAUAUGUAAAAAUGGCUACAUGAAAUAAACAUUACGUAUUCAGGUGCCAGAAUCGAAAUGUGAAACGAUUUCGCCUAGCAGGUGCAGUGCUCUUGAUCAACGUGAAAAUCUAGUCAUACCAGAAACCCGUCCGAGCCUACGCAGGAGUUAAGAAGAAGAAUAGGUGAAAGGGUAUUAUAAGUAAUAGUUAGCCAUGGCUCAACAAAUUUCGUGUACUAUUUGGCUACCAUACGGACUGGUGCUUAUCCUGAUGAUUUUCUGUAGCGUCACGGUUUUGAUAACGCCCACAGAAUCCUCAUCGGCCGUCCCGCUAAUACGACAAAGAACGGAUUCCAAUGCUUCCAACGGUAAUGAAUCGUCUAUUUCUGAUGCUGAUGUGCAGAAGCGCAUACAGGAAGUUUUUAACCGUAAGGGAUACUCAAACCCAGAUCCUAGUCCAAAUGAUUCCCUCGAAGCACAGCCUGACAAAGUAGCAGUGAGAAUUGAUGGUGCACCGGCGAGGCGACGUAAGCGUCCACUGUGGAAAAUUGAUGAAAAUUUCGAUCCAAGAAAAUCGUACGUCAUCAAGCACCCUAACGGAACCAUCACCUACGUACCGCCCAAGGAUGUUGAUCUCAGUGGUACCGUUAGCACUACUGGGACUACGGCCACUCCUGCCCAAGGCAAUCCCAACGAGCUCGUCGACAAGAUGAGCGAAGCAAGUACGAGCGAUAGUGACAAGUUAAGAAGCUCCCGUUUUGUUUUCCCGAGUGACUUAGAACCACGAAUUGACCGGACAGAGUGUACACCGGAUUAUCCCGUUUGUAGCAACGUCAUCGAUUAUCCGCAAGAGCUUAUAAACGAGAUCGUGGGACGACAGAAGGACCGCUAUGCCGAAGUGUUUGGCAAUGACAUCGUGUUGACCGAUGGUGAUAAGCUGGUGCAACGGUUUGACGUAGAUGAGAAUGGCAACUCGUUCGAGUUCAUAUGCGAAAGCCGUGAGAGGUUGAUACAUCCGAGGAGUGGAUUCAAUGCGGAUAAUAAAUCCAUCAUGAUUGUUAACACCAACGAUUACAUGCAGGGUGUUCGAAUAGAGACGUGCAGUUUCAGCACUCAAGGACAACCGUGCGAAAAGCUUAAUCCCCUGUUCGGGAAAACGGAAUGCCGGCAGCUUUUCCAUUACCGAACGCUACUAGCAAUCGAUCCCAAAACCAAUCAGCCGUACAAGGAGAAGUUCAAACUACCGUCCUGUUGCAAAUGUGUGAUAAUUCCCCUCGAUGGAUCUGCUUAUCGCAAAAAGAGAGAAACGAAGGAAGGAUUGUGAUACAGUAAAAUAUUAGUUAGGAUUGCGAUCGAAAGAAAGAUGUAGAUAUCGUGAAACCGAAACAAUGAUUCACUCAGGAAGUGAUUGGAAAUCAUAGAAUAAGUUUUUUCUUUGAUAAAAAUUGUUAUACAAUAAGUACAAUUUAUAAACCUGAAAGCCAUGUAAUGUCGAUGUUAGAUUUUGUUGAAUUACAAAUAAUUUGAAAUUAAAAUAA